AUCCCAAAGGCAUUUCUCUAUGAUCCAACAAGAACAUACAUCAUUCCUGGGCAUACUAGACAGGAAAAAAAGGCCAAAGCCUGUAGGGACCUUCGCAGCCUUGAUAUAAUCGAAAAGGGUAAUCCAUGUUGCAUUACCACCGAUGCUAUCUUCGAACAAGAACUAUAAGUAAGCAGCAGCAGAUUAAACUCUUUGAUCUCAUACCCCACCAUGGCUUCUGGGUUCAUCUUGGAGGUCAUCUCCUUGUUCUUGUUCUUCUUAUAUUUCAAAUCAUUUGCUGAGCUGAUAACAUCCCUCCCCGGACAACCAGCCAACGUCUCUUUCAAGCAGUACGCUGGUUACAUUGUGACAGAUGCUAGACAUGGUCGCGCCCUGUUCUAUUACUUCGUUGAAGCUAAAACAGCCGACCCACUUUCACGUCCCUUGACCUUGUGGUUCAAUGGAGGCCCUGGUUGUUCUUCGCUUGGUUUUGGUGCAUUCAUGGAAAAUGGCCCCUUCCAACCAGGAGAGAAUGGGAUUCUUGUUAAGAACAAACAUUCAUGGAAUUUAGAAUCAAACAUGUUAUACGUGGAGUCACCAAUUGGGGUUGGAUUUUCAUACUCAAACACAAGCUCAGACUACUUUUGGAAUGAUACCAGGACAGCUGAAGAUAACUUGAGAUUUGUCAUUAACUGGUUGGAAGAAUUCCCAAACUACAAAGACUCCGAAUUGUUUCUAACCGGUGAAAGCUAUGCAGGCCACUACAUUCCACAGCUUGCCGCCUUGAUAGUGGAGUACAACCAAAAGCCUAACAUCAGACCCAUCAAACUCAAAUCCAUUGCUCUUGGGAAUCCACUUCUAGACCUGGACAUUAGUGUGCUUGCUGCUGAUUACUUGUGGGCACAUGGAGCCAUAUCCGAUCACACAUUAAUGUUGGAGAAGACGGUCUGCAAUUACUCAAAGUUUCUAAGAGAGUACAUUCAUGGUCAGUUGUCUGAGGGCUGCAACAAUGUGUAUAACAGAGUUGUCAAUGAAAUAGGCAAUGAUGUUCGGCAGGACGACCUCCUCCUGCCUAUAUGCUUGUCAUCAAAUUCUGCACAGCAAUUUAAGCUAAAAGGCCAGCGAGGGACGAUACAUGCAGCAAUUGCUAGGAGGACCAGAGAAACAAUACCUGAUCCAUGCCUUUCAGAUAGGAUACUUACCUAUCUAAACAACCCUCAAGUUCAAAAAGCACUCCAUGCCAAUACCACUCAUCUUCCAUACCAUUGGGGCUUCUGUGCAGGGCCUCUAGAGUAUCAAAUAGAUAACUUGGACAUGAACCUUAUACCCCUCAUUGAACACCUAAUUAAAGAGGGCAUUCCCAUAUUGCUUUUCAGCGGUGACCAGGAUGCAAUCAUCCCUCUCACUCAAACGAGGAUAAUCGCGAAUAAUGUGGCUAAGGACUUGAAGCUAGUCCCUUUCACAGAAUAUGGCACUUGGUAUGACAAGAAGCAGGUUGGGGGAUGGACACAAUCAUUUGGUGGAUUGAGAGAAGGGAAGAAUGUGACAUUGCUCACAUUUGCGACGGUUAGAGGUGCAGCUCAUGAGGUCCCCUUCACAUCCCCUUCCCAAGCCCUCACAAUGUUCAAAUCAUUCCUGAGUGGCUCCCCACUUCCUAGGCCCCAUGAAUGAUUUCUAGCUACUUUUUGGCCCUCCUACACUUUGAAAAAAGGUCAUGUAUGACCGACUGUACUGUAAUAGACUUUCAAGCUCCUUGAAUAAUUGAAGGCAUGUUGGCAAGAAAAA